UCUCGUUGUUCGACCCUGGAGUUCCUGCUUUUGACGGGCCAAAGCAAAUUCUCUCUCCAUUUCAAUGUUGUUCCUUGUACGAUCAGUGACCAGAUUUCGCUGUAGUAACUCCAUUAGAUUGGCUACAGCAGCCACUACGAGGACGCAUUUUACAUGUAGCGCCUCUAAUGCUGCUACUGCUGCACGAGUUCGAUUUGCACCAAGCCCUACUGGAUACCUACAUUUAGGUGGUUUAAGAACAGCUUUAUUCAAUUAUUUCUUAGCAAGGAAAACUGGUGGACAAUUUAUUCUUCGUAUUGAAGAUACUGAUCAAAAUCGGUUUGUGGAAGGAGCUGUCGAGAAUUUGUUAAAAGUAUUGGAUUGGGCGGGUAUUUCUUAUGAUGAAGGUCCAAACAAAGAAGGACCGUAUACACCAUAUUAUCAAUCCAAACGAACAGAUAUUUACGUACAAUAUGCUCAUCAACUAUUGAGUUCAGGACAUGCAUAUCGUUGCUUUUGCACACCCGAAAGAUUAGCUCAAGUAAAAGAAAUGAGGCAAAAGAAUGGCAAUUUUAUAUCAUAUGACAAGCAUUGUUCUUUUUUGAGUGAAGAAGAAAUCCGACAGAAUCUGGAGAGGAAUCUGCCCUACACUGUUCGACUAAGGAUACCCUACGAAGGAGUGACAGAACAUCAAGAUUUGGUUUAUGGCAAAAUCAAGUUUAGCAACAAAACCAUAGAUGACACCAUUCUUUUGAAAAGCGAUGGAUACCCUACGUACCAUUUGGCCAAUGUAGUUGAUGAUCACCUGAUGAAGAUCACACACGUCUUGAGAGGCGAAGAAUGGCUUUCUUCAACAUCGAAGCAUCUUUUGUUAUACAAAGCAUUUGGUUGGCAACCGCCGCAAUUUGCUCACUUACCGUUGUUGUUUAAGGCACAAGGAACGAAAUUGUCAAAAAGAACAGGUGAUGCUCACGUGGAGGAUUAUAUAGAGAAAGGUUACCUACCGGAAGCGGUCAAUAACUUUGUGGCAUUGCUAGGCUGGAAUCCCAACACAGAUGAUGAGGGCUUAUUUACUAUGGAUGAAAUGAUUGAAAAGUUUGACAUUAAGGAUAUCAAUCAUUCAGGAGCUAUUGUCGAUCAACAAAAGCUAGAUUGGGUCAAUAAGCAUCAUUUGUUGAAAAGAGCGGAAACACCUGAAGGAAUGGAUAGUUUGGUUGAUAUUCUAAAAACUCCAGUUCAUGAACAAUACCAAGGCCUUUUAAAAGGAACGAACGACGAGUAUAGAUUGAAUAGAAGCUAUUUGAAGAAAGUGAUCAAUACUGUAAAGGAGCGUAUCCGUAAUAUUUCAGAUAUACCUCGAUUAUGCUAUUACUUUUUCAAGGAGCCUGAUUAUGAAACAAAAGAUGCUAUUGCUCUUAGGAAGAAAGUGAAGCAACCCGCUCUAGAUCUAGUUUUGUCAAAUGAAUUCUCAGACAAGUUAAAAACCCUUGACGCAUUUGAAGCAAAGAUUAUAAAACCAUGGCUAAUUUCAUUGGCAGAGAACCAUAAUCUCAACGUUAAUCAUAUUAUGAUGGCCAUCCGUUACUGUAUCACAGGUACACAAGUAGGGGCCGGCAUAGCGGAGACAAUGGAAACUUUGGGAAGAGAAACUGUAUCCCAACGAUUACAGCAAUUACAAAUCAAAUAAACCACAUCAAAGCUUUCUAUUCUUAAAGAUUGUUGUUUAUUGUCCAUGCUAAAUGCAUUACAAGUUGACAAAAAAAAAGACUAGCUACACUUAUUGGGCAGUCAAGAUGUCGGAGUCACCGGCAUCAGUAAUAGAGAGAACGCUGCAACGGAAAAGCUUACCACAAGCAGUACCGAGAUCGAUGUUGUUACCGUUGUAGUGGUGGACACCAGUCUUGGACAACAUAGCAUAAUAUUCAAUCUCGGACUU